ACGCGGCGCUGGACGCGGGGCCGGACGCGGGGCCGGGCGGCGGCAGAGUGGAGUCACCAAUGGCCGGGCUCUGACGGGGCCGCGUGAGGGCCGAGGGGACGCGCGGAGCUGUGCGCGGUGUUCAGGACCUUAGCUAGGGUUGGCUCGUGACCAGAGGCAAAAUGAUGAGUGACGCGAGCGACAUGCUGGCGGCCGCGCUGGAGCAGAUGGACGGCAUCAUUGCAGGCUCCAAGGCCCUGGAGUACUCCAACGGCGCCUUCGACUGCCAGUCGCCCACGUCCCCGUUCAUGGGCAGCCUGCGGGCGCUGCACCUGCUGGAGGACCUGCGCGGCCUCCUGGACGUGAUGGAGCCGGACGAGAAGGACGGUCUGCGCUGCCAGGUCCCCGACUCCACGGCCGACGCCCUCGCCGCCUGGCUGCAGAGCCACAUGACCAACGGGCACGUGCUGGGGAACGGGGACGUGUACCAGGAGCGGCUGGCACGCCUGGAGAACGACAAGGAGUCGCUGGUCCUGCAGGUCAGCGUGUUGACGGACCAGGUGGAGGCGCAGGGGGAGAAGAUCCGAGACCUGGAGUUCUGCCUCGAGGAGCACCGGGAGAAGCUGAACGCCACGGAGGAAAUGCUGCAGCAGGAGCUCCUGAGCAGGACGUCCCUGGAGACGCAGAAGCUGGACCUGAUGGCCGAGAUCUCCAACCUGAAGCUGAAGCUGACGGCCGUGGAGAAGGACCGGCUGGACUACGAGGAUCGCUUCAGGGACACGGAGGGCCUGGUGCAGGAGAUCAGUGUUCUGAGGCUCAGGGUCAGCGAGAUGGACGGCGAGAAGCAGCAGUAUGAGAAGAAGCUCAAGUCAACCAAAUCCUUAAUGGCCAAACUCUCUAGCAUGAAAAUCAAGGUGGGUCAGAUGCAGUAUGAGAAGCAGCGGCUGGAGCAGCAGUGGGAGCCCCUGAAGGAGGAACUGGCCUCUUUAAAGGAGCAGCUGGAAGAGAGAGAAUCCGAGGUCCAGAGGUUGCAGGAGAAGCUGGUUUCCCAGAUGAAAGGCGAAGGGCCCCACCUCCCGGACCGAGACGAACACUUAAAACAGAAGCUGAAGGAGAAAAAUGUGGAAGUGCAGAAGAUGAAGAAGGCCAUGGAGUCCUUGAUGGCCGCCAACGAAGACAAGGACCGGAAGAUCGAAGACCUGCGGCAGUGCCUGGACAGGUACAAGCGAAUGCAGGAACCCACGCCCCCCGCUGCCGGCACGAAAGAUGAUGCGUUCCUCUCACUCGACAGUCCUCUAUGGGCAGCCCUGCGUCUGGGAGCCGGAGGAAGGGAGUGGGAAGGACAUAAGCCCCCCCACGCGUCCCAACGCCUGCACGCCUCACCGGGCCCCGACGGCGACUCCGACGAGCUGCUCACGGGCAGCAGCUCCUUCUCCACCCUGCUGGACGCGCCCGGCCUCAGUGACCUGGACAGGGGCCCGCCGCCCACCUCGGUCCCCAGCUCCCCCAGCCGCGACCCUCUCCUCUGCAGCGCGCCGGAUGAGUUCCCAGGCGGCGGAGCCCUGCAGCUCCCACUGCCGGCACCCAGGGGUGUGGAGACGUUGGAAAAGAUUAAGCUGCCUCCGCUGGAGACCUCGUUUGAAGAUGAUGUCAUCACCCUCCCCGCUGCUGCGGUGGACCCCCGCCCUUGUGACAGCCCUCCAGCGUCCAGUCUGCAGAAGGCCGGCAGCCUGGGCAGCCUGAGGAGAGAGUCGGACGGGGCGGCCCUGAGCAGCCUGCGGAGGGAGCCGUCGGACGGGGCCAAGGCCACCGAGGAGGGCAGCCCGCCUAGGAAGCUCCCUCCCAGGGCACCGGGCCACGCGGCCACCUUGGACGACAGCCCCUUCGGCACGCGCAAGGCCAGAUCGUCCUUCGGCCGUGGCUUCUUUAAGAUCCGGAGUAACAAGAGGACGGCCAGUGCCCCUAAUCUGGACCGUGAGCGCAGCGCCAGCGCGCCCACCUUAGCCGACACGGAACAGGAGACGACUGAGCGCCUGGACCUGGCCGGGAGGUCUUCUCGGCCCAGAGGGCCCCAGGUGGGCAGCCCCUUCCAGAUGACGCCCACGUCUCCGGACGCCAGGAAGAAAUCCCGAGGCCUCAUGAAGCUCUUCGGCAGGCUCAGGCGGAGCCAGUCCACCACCUUCAACCCAGAGGACAUGUCCGAGCCGGAAUUCAAGAGAGGGGGCACGAGGGCCACCGCGGGGCCCCGGCUGGGCUGGUCUCGGGAUCUGGGGCAGUCCAACAGCGACCUGGACAUGCCGUUCGCCAAGUGGACCAAGGAGCAGGUGUGCAGCUGGCUGGGCGCGCAGGGUCUGGGCUGCUACCUGAGCGCCGGCAGGCACUGGAUCGUCUCGGGCCAGACGCUGCUGCAGGCGUCCCCGCAGGACCUGGAGAAGGAGCUGGGGAUCAAACAUUCGCUUCACCGGAAGAAACUGCAGCUGGCGCUGCAGGCCCUGGGCUCGGAGGAGGAGACCAACCACGGGAAGCUGGACUUCAACUGGGUGACGAGGUGGCUGGAUGACAUCGGUCUCCCCCAGUAUAAGACGCAGUUCGACGAGGGCCGGGUGGACGGGCGGAUGCUGCAUUACAUGACGGUGGACGACCUGCUGUCCCUGAAGGUGGUCAGCGUGCUGCACCAUCUCAGCAUCAAACGGGCCAUCCAGGUGCUGCGCAUCAACGGCUUUGAGCCCAACUGCCUGCGGAGGCGACCCUCCGACGAGAACAGCAUCACGCCCCAGGAGGUGCAGCAGUGGACCAACCACCGCGUGAUGGAGUGGCUCCGCUCCGUGGACCUGGCCGAGUACGCGCCCAACCUCCGGGGCAGCGGCGUGCACGGAGGGCUCAUGGUCCUGGAGCCCCGGUUUAACGUAGAGACGAUGGCGCAGUUACUGAACAUCCCGCCGAGUAAGACCCUGCUGCGGAGACACCUGGCCACGCACUUCAACCUUCUGAUCGGCGCCGAGGCCCAGCACCAGAAGCGCGAUGCCAUGGAGUCGCCCGAGUAUGUGCUGCUAACCGCCACCGCCAAAGUGAAGCCAAAGAAACUUACCUUCAGCAACUUCGGGAAUCUAAGAAAGAAGAAGCAGGAAGACGGGGAAGAGUAUGUGUGUCCGAUGGAACUGGGCCAGGCGUCGGGAAGCUCAGCCAAGAAGGGCUUCAAAGCCGGGUUGGACAUGCGCCUGUAUGAUGAGGAUGACCUGGACAGGUUCGAGCAGAUGGAAGACUCCGAAGGGACCGUGAGGCAGAUCGGGGCGUUCUCCGAAGGCAUCAACAAUUUGACGCACAUGCUCAAGGAAGACGACAUGUUUAAGGACUUCGCGGCCCAGUCGCCCAGCGCCAGCAUGACGGACGAGGACUCCAACGUGUGACCCUCGUCGCGCCCGGCCCGGCCCGAGGAGCGCGGAGAGCGCUUGGGCGCCCCCCGCUUUCUCGCUGCAGCCGCCCCCGAAGUGUCACGGGGGGAACCUGUCCCGACACCAGCUCGCGAGAGGAGUCGCGGGUGGUGAGAGCGCGGCCACCCCAAUGCCCCCACGGACUGCAGAAACCCGCGACCUUCCAGCUGCAAAGUGUGGCGGGGCCGGGCGCCACACUUCCGCUCACGUGCACCGCGCGGGGAGUUCUGGGAGCAGCUGCGGCUCGCGCAUGCGCACACGGGGCUACCUCCCCGCCCCUGGCCCCGCAGUUUGCAAAGAUCCGGCCGUGUGCUGGGCUCGGGGCUGGCUGCACCCCCGCCCGCGGCCUCUUACUGUCUUAUUUUUAUAUAUUUUUCUAAAUAUGUGUAUAUAUUUAGUACAUAGAAAAAAAUGCAACUUUUAUUUUGUGGCCUAAGGAAGAAGGUUUUUAAAAACAGCAAAAUCAAGUUAGACCCCAUUUAGGAAACAGGGAGGUGGGACACCCCCAGCCCUCCCCGCGCGCGGCACCCCUGGGGGCCGCCUGGUUCUGAUCAUGAACUUCAGCCUUAAACGUGGAUGCUUUUACCUCAGAGGGAAGAACUCCAGGGACAUUUUAAAGACUAUGCACUUGGACGCAUUUCGCGGCCCUCCCCCCCCCAAAUUUGUAGAAACGAUUUUUGCAGAAACCAAAACACAGCAGAUACCUUUACAGUAUUAAGUAUUUUUUUUUUUUAAUUUCCCUCCCUGCGAAGCUGCGGCGUUACAUCAGAAAACAUCUGCCCCAUGAAUUCAUGGUCUUACCGCACAUCUCUCAGGCUACCCAGAAGGGGAUUUUCAACAACACAGCAAUAGUUUGUUUCCGUCAGAGUUCAAGAACUCGGAGGCUGCAAAGUCAGUUUACAGCCACCAUUUGCUCCCCGUGAGGUAUUCGAUACGCCAAACACAGUAACAACAAAAUCUCCAAUGGAGACGUUACUGGGCCCGCUCGAGCAAAUCGAUGAUCAACGGGAGGGCCUUUAUUUUACUUAUUUCAGUAAUGGUGCAGUGAAGCUUUGCGUGGGCUUGGGUUUUGUUUCUUUUUUUUCCCCCUUUUUUUUGGGUAGCAAAGACCCCAAAUAUUCUUUAUAAAGGAAAUAGCAAUAACAAAAAAAAUGUUGAUUAUUUUAGGGGUAUUAGGAGAAAAGUUCGGUUCCUUAUUCAGCUUUGUGUCAUCACGCGUGACAGCCAACUGUGCCGGGCGGUGGUGUCAGAGCGGGCAGUCUUUCAUGUCUGUGCCAGCCCGCAGGGUCACCGGCACCGGUUUGAUGCCCAGCGGUGACAACAUUUUUCCAAGCAGCAGCCAAGCUGUCAAGCUGUUCUUUGCAGAACCCUCACAGCAAAUCACUAUUUAUUCUUGACGAAAUGAUCUGAAGCUCGCCACUGCCUCUCGUUCCCUACAUUCCUCAUCUGGUAACUAUCCUGGACGGCUCGUGCUUUUGUGUUUUGUUUUAAUGUGAUGAUUCUUCACCGUUCAAAAAAAAAAUGUUAUCUGAACCUGGUUUUAAAAAAACAAAUGCCAGGACACUGUUAUAGAUGCCAAAAUACUCUGUUGAGGACAAUGUCGUGUGAGUGACAAUAUGUAAUGGAACUUUCCUGACGGUAUAUUUUAUUUACGGGAUACUAUACACUGCUGGUAUUACCACAUGAAAGGAAAUAAAGCCCAUUGAUAAUUACCUCCUG